GACGAAUAAAAGCUGUAGCCUAUGAUCGGCUAUUUAACCGGUUAGCCGCAUACAAACCAGCUAGUUCUUAAAGGAAAACAAUUCGGCUUUAAUUUUAAGACGGAGGCGAUAAAUUCGUGGAAAUAGAGGUUAAAAAGCUAAGCAAACAUGAGCGACAAGGGGACAGUCUCAACGAAAGACAAGGAGGGGGCAGAGAAGAGAGGGCGUGGAAGACCCCGUAAGCAGCCGCAGGUAAAAUCCUCAGAUGAGGCAAGUGGGUCCCCAACUCCAAAGAGGCCCCGAGGGCGACCAAAGGGGAGCAAAAAUAAGACGACUGGUGGCAAGGGCAAAAAAGGUGCGGGAGCCUCACCUGCAGGAGGAAAACGCAGGGGACGACCCAAGAAGGAGAAGGAGGAGGAAAAAGCAUCCCAAGAAUCAUCUGAGGAAGAGGAGGAGGAAGAUGACCAGUAAUUCAAUACAUGCUACCUCACUCUACAUACUGACUUACUGUUAUCCAGAAACUGGGCUGUAUCAACACCAGUGCCACCACUUGACCACUGUUCACGACAAAGCCCUCCCCUUUGUCAAAGGGCGGGGUUAACACAGUACAUUUAUCAUGCAGCAGCACUGGAUUUAAACAAAAUGGACUUGAUCAAGCAUAGAUCUAAGCAUUACAUGACAGGUAACAGCCCUUCUACAUGUCAUGUUAUCACAAGUCUUUUAUACUGGACAAGGUGUGCUCUGAAGAGCCUGGGUUGUUUGUUAGUCUCCCCUAAAGACCGUUGGGACAUGUUUCCUCUGCUUAGUGUCAUUUAUUGCAUCUGCGAUAGUAGAACAUAUAGACUUUCUUGUUUUUGUAUUGGACAAAGGUAAAUUUUUACCCAUUUGCUGUUUAGUUUUGUUACAUGUGAGUGAAGUGGUUAACCUAUCCUUUGCAUUGUAUUCUAGACGGAGACGAGCUUCAGCAUUUAGGAUGAGCAUAGGUUACUGAUGGUAGAGGUGUCCGUUUCGUGUCGAGUUCAUCCAUUAUUUUUUAAUUUUUUUUCCAAACUCUGGACAGAUCUGGGCAUCUUCCACCUGACCGCUUUUUCCUGUAGAGCAGUGUAGAUUUUAGAGGCGCUUAAAACAUUCUCAGUCCUUUUUGCAUGUAGUGGGGAGAUGUAAAGUAAGUUUGAUGGUUUUGUUUUUUUGUUUUCAUCGAAAUACUCUGAUCAGACUUGCAGUUUGUUCCUCUGGGUUAUAUACCAUUUAAGAGAAACCAUGAGUGUGCUGCUUUUUGUGUUUUAUAACGAUUCUUUUUGGUAUAUUUUUAGAAAGAGUUUUAGGCUGAAAAGUAAUCUGUCGUUUCUUCAGGGAGCUUUUACAAAUGCGGUUACUUUUCCCCCCCCGCCCCCUUUCUCCUUCUCCCUCAUGCGCUCACUCAGUCACUUGCAAUUGG